UUUCAGAUGACAAAGUGACUGUAUAAGACCUUCAAACAAAAUGUCUAACCUUGACCCAUCAAAGGUGAAGGCUGUUGUGUUUGAUAUCGGAGGUGUCAUCAUUCCGUCACCAGUCCCAGUGUUGAAAGAGUUUGAGUCGAGGUCUGGCCUCCCUAAGGGAACACUUGAAGGGCUGAUUGUACAUGGAGGCCGAGAGUCAGCAUGGGGGAAGCUGGAAACUGGGAAAAGGACCUUCACACAGUUUCUUAGUGACUUUGGCACCGAGAUACAACAAAAGACUGGGAGAAGUGUUGACAUGACACUGUUCCAGAAUUUGUUUGCUGAGCGGACGCGACAGCCGUUCCCCCAGUUAGUUGAUGCUAUACACUGCCUUCAUGCUGAAGGCUACAAGUUGGCUUUGUUGACAAACAACUGGUUUGUGGAGGGCACCAUCACAGGCAUUAAUACCCUGGAAUUGGAUCUGUCCUUGUUUAAUGUGAUAAUAGAAUCUGCAUGUGUGGGUGUCCGAAAACCCUACCCCCAGAUCUACCACAUCUGUCAGGAGAGACUGGGUGUACAACCACGCGAGAUAGUCUUCCUUGAUGACCUUGGCAAUAACCUAAAGGCAGCUCGGCAGGUGGGAUGGUACACCAUCAAGGUGACCAGUGCCGACAAGGCUGUGCAUGAUCUCGAGGCAGCACUGGGUCUACAGUUGAGGGGGUUUGUGGAAGGCACACUGUCUGUACCUAAACACCUAGACCUCAAUCUUCAACGCCUGGCUCAGUACAUGAACAAAACGUUAGGACUGUCGUCAACAGAGCUGCCGGUUGUCAAGACUUUCGAACAUGGCCAGAGCAAUCCAACAUACCUGGUACAAUAUGGCGGCAAGAAGGUGGUGCUGAGGAAGAAACCGCCUGGCACUCUGUUGCCGUCUGCUCAUGCAGUGGACCGAGAGUAUCGGGUGAUGAAGGCUGUUGGGGAGAACGGUGUCCCUGUUCCACAGAUGCUGAGUUACUGCAACGAUGAGAGUGUGUUGGGAACCCCUUUCUACGUGAUGGAGUACCUGCCAGGCGGGGUCUUCAAGAUACCCCGGAACAUGGCUGUCAGUCCCGAGGAGGUGCGAGCUCUGUAUUUCAACAUGGUUGACGUGCUGUGUAAAUUACACUCCAUUGACAUCAGUAAAGCUGGACUGGACACUUACGGGAGGAAAGGUAACUUUAUCCAAAGGAACUUUCAGCGAUGGUCAAAACAGUAUGAAGCUAGCAAGACAGGAGACAUUCCAUCUAUUACAAGCCUCAUGAACUGGAUUCCACAGCACUACCCCCAGGAGGAGAGAGUGACUGUCAUACAUGGAGACUUUAGGCUGGACAACCUGAUGUUUGCCAAGACCUCCACUGAUAUCCUGGGUGUCUUGGACUGGGAACUGUCCACUCUGGGUGACCCCAUCACUGACCUCACCACCUGCUGUCUGGCCCACUACCUGCCUCAGUCAGCCACUAUAGUGUCAGGUCUGGUUGGGGCUGAUUUAAAAUCGAUGGGGAUACCUACAGUUCAGGAGUUGAUUGGUCGUUACUGUCAUCAGAUGAAGAUUCCACCAAUAGAAAACUGGGAUUUUUAUAUGGCGUUUACAUUUUUCAAAAUGGCUGCCAUACUCCAGGGAGUGUAUAAAAGAAGCAUAUCUGGACAGGGUAGCUCCAGUCAGGGCAGGCACGCCGGUGCUGCUGCCAAGAGAUACGCAGACCUGGGUUGGAGGAUAGCUUCAGGAAGUAAGCUGAAGCCCACGCUCCGUACAGUGAACAGCGAGGCGGAGCAGAGGAGGAACCUGCUGAAGACUCAGACCAUAAUGUCCUAUAUAUCCCGUCCUAUGGCUGUGGAUAGGACACAGGAAACUGUGGGCCAGAUGCCAGUGUCAGUAGAUGCCUUGUCUCCACGUGUACAAGAUCUGUAUAACAGAAUGAAGCGGUUCCUAGCCGACCACGUCGCACCCAUCGAGAAGGAAGUGUUUGACUACUUGCAUGGCCCCAACAGGUGGACUGUUCACCCAAAACUUACACAGAUAACACAAAAGGCCAAGGCAGAGGGUCUGUGGAAUAUGUUCAUGCCGUUGGAGUCGGAUCCAGAGCGGAAAUAUGGUUCUGGUCUAACUAAUCUGGAGUACGCCUUCUUCUGUGAGGAGAUGGGAAGAGUACCUCUGGCACCAUCGAUCUUCAACUGCAACGCCCCAGACACAGGCAACAUGGAGGUGUUGGUGAAGUAUGGGACGGAGGAACAGAAGCAGAAGUGGCUCACACCCCUCCUCAACGGCCAGAUCAGAUCCUGCUUUGGCAUGACCGAACCCGAGGUCGCUUCCUCCGACGCCACCAACAUCCAGUCCUCCAUCAGGAGAGACGGUGACUCCUACGUCAUCAAUGGACACAAAUGGUGGACCUCAAACGCGCUGCAUCCGGACUGCAAGUUGUGUGUGUUCAUGGGUAAAACCAGCACAAGCGGCUCCCGCUACAGACAGCAAAGCAUGAUCCUCGUCCCGAUGGAUGCUCCCGGGGUCAAGGUCGUUCGGUCGCUCUCUGUCUUUGGGUAUGAUCAUGCUCCAGGUGGGCAUGGAGAGGUCCUGUUUGAAAAUGUGCGAGUUCCUGCAUCCAACAUGCUGUUAGGUGAAGGUCGUGGGUUUGAGAUUGCUCAAGGUCGUCUUGGUCCAGGAAGAAUCCACCACUGCAUGAGGUUGAUUGGCAAUGCAGAACGAGCCCUCAGCUUCAUGAUUGAACGGACAAAAAGCAGAAUCGCAUUCGGAAAACCUUUGGCAGCUCAGGGUACGAUCCAGGCCAACAUUGCCCAGUCACGCAUAGAGAUAGAACAGACUCGACUGCUGGUGUUGAAGGCUGCUUACAUGAUGGACUUGUACGGGAAUAAGGUUGCGGCUCCAGACAUUGCCAUGAUUAAAGUGGCAGCCCCCAGUAUGGCUCUGAGAGUGGUGGAUCGAGCUAUGCAGGCCCACGGAGGAGCUGGUGUGUCUGAAGACUUCCCGUUGGCAUCCAUGUUUGCCCAGGUCCGCACCCUCAGGUUCGCUGAUGGCCCAGAUGAAGUCCACGAACGCUCCGUUGCACGUAUGGAAUAUGCGUAGUCGGUCAAGUCUAGUCUGUAGGGACUGUGUAUCAUGAUGUAUUGCUCUACAAUGUGGUCUAGAGAAAGGUCUGUGUGGAGUUUUGUCUAAUAUUAAAAGUAUAAAUAAGAUUUCAAGUUGAAGGUCAGACCCAAAAAUAUUUCUUUUUCUAGAACAAAUUUCUGAACUUUUCUGUUUGAAGACAAGAUUGUAUAAUAAUGAGAGCUUAUUAUUUCUUUUGAUGUAGCCAGAUGUAUUGUCAUUCAUUAUACAGACAUUUAUGUAUGUAUACAUUGUGCAAAUAUGAUUCUUGUAACACUGUAUAUGAAUUUGAUUUAUGAUGUCUUAGUGAAUCGUUAUUGUGAUGAGGGAGGAAGUUGUUCUUGUGAUGUCAUAGCACAUUGUUCUUGUGAUGUCAUAGCACAUUGUUCUUGUGAUGUCAUAGCGCAUUGUUCUUGUGAUGUCAUAGCGCAUUGUUCUUGUGAUGUCAUAGCACAUUGUUCUUGUGAUGUCAUAGUGCAUUGUUCUUGUGAUGUCAUAGCACAUUGUUCUUGUGAUGUCAUAGUGCAUUGUUCUUGUGAUGUCAUAGUGCAUUGUUCUUGUGAUGUCAUAGUGCACUGUUCUUGUUACAUCUUAGUGAAUUGUUCUUGUGAUGACAGAGAGCAUUAGUCUUAUGAUGUUUUAGAGUGUUGUUUUCAUGCCACAAUGUGGUGAUUUCAUCAUGACUCACAAAUCUGGACCACUGGCAUCACUGCCCACUAUACCCACAACUUGUAAAAGGAACAAACAAUGCUGAUUGUUAGUGGAAUAGUGUACACAGUAGAAUAUGAAAUCAGCCUCCCAUUGGAUAAAACAUCGUAUCAGACGGUCAGCUGCCAUUAUUUGGUUCCUGUCACAUUCUCAUAUUGUUAAGCACUGGUUUGUCUGACUCAAUUUGUUUCAGGUCAUCAUCUUAUAGCCCAAAUAUCACUGACUGCUACAUAAGAAAAUGAAUUCUGUAUUACGAUUAGAACGCUGGCACAAGACAUUUGGUAUUUCUGGAACUAUCGUAGUCAGUAUAUGAUACAGACCUUUAGAUAUCGCUGUAUCUAUACAGAGGACAUAUUCAAUGAUGUAGAGUAUGCUACAACCAGUGCUAGAUAGCUAUUCAAAAGUAUGCAUAUUCAAAUGUCCUUGAAUUGCAGAAUACAGAGGUCCAGUUGAGCAAUAACUCAGUGACUUGUUAUUACUAAAAGUUGGUCACAUGGCCUCUAUAAAGAUUAUAUACAAAAAUCACUAUUCCUAGCUGAAACUUAGUAGUUCAAAGUCUGUGUGAAAUGGUAUAAUAAGAAGAGAAUAUUUAUUGCAAACAUGCUGCAUAUCAAUACUCCUCAUAGUUGUCACUGAAUUUAUUGAAUAUUUAAUGUACAAUUUACGAUGUACAGUAGAUCAGCACCUUUGAAUGGAGCACUCUGUUAUUUUGAUUGUUUAUAUAUAUUCAGUAUUUUAUACAGAUUAUUUUAUACAAAUCCAAUGAAUAAAAAGACAUAUUUUUGAUUAA